AGGCAGGAGGGCAUGCAUUUGGCCACCAUGGAGCGCAGCUUCACGGGAGGUGAUGAGUACCAGAAGAACUUCAUGCCCAGGGACUACCUGACCACCUACUACAGCUUCGAAGGAGGCCCCUCGCCCGAGGUGGAGAUGCUCAAGUUUAACCUGGAGUGUCUCCACAAGACCUUCGGUCCUGGCGGCCUCCGUGGAGACACGCUGAUCGACAUCGGCUCAGGCCCUACCAUCUACCAGUUGCUCGCCGCCUGUGAGGUGUUCAAAGACAUCACUAUGUCUGACUUCACUGACCGCAACAGGGAGGAGCUAAACAAGUGGCUGAAGAAAGAUCCAGGGGCUUAUGACUGGACCCCAGCUGUGAAAUACGCCUGUGAGCUGGAAGGGAACAGUGAGCGCUGGAAGGAGAAGGAGGAGAAGCUGCGUGCCGUGGUGAAGCGGGUGCUUAAGUGUGAUGCCAACCUGGGCAACCCGCUGACCCCGGUGGAGCUGCCUCCCGCCGACUGCGUGCUCACACUGCUGGCCAUGGAGUGCGCCUGCUGCAGCCUGGAUGCCUACCGAGCCGCGCUGCGCAACCUGGCCUCGCUGCUCAAGCCCGGCGGCCACCUGGUGACCACAAUCACCCUGCGCCUGUCGUCCUACAUGGUGGGGAAGCGCGAGUUCUCCUGUGUGUCCCUGGAGAAGGAGGAGGUGGAGCAGGCGGUCCUGGAUGCCGGCUUUGACAUCAAGCAGUUCCUGCAUAGCCCCAAGAGCUACUCGGCCUCCAGCGCUCCCAACACAGGGGUCUGCUACAUUGUGGCACGCAAGAAGCCUGGACCCUGAGAUAGGAAUCCCCCAAGGCCUGGCCGGGCUCGCCCAUCUGUCUGCUAGGGAGGGCUUAGCAAUGAGUAGUGCCUCGCUGCCCUGCUUUCAAACUACAGUCCAUCUUCAGAAAUUCUGAGACUGUAAUAUCCUUGUUUUAGAAUUCUAAGUUUCCAACAUACUUAGAAUAUUCCAUUUUCUAUUUUACUAAGCCUGACAGCUACUCUCAGAUGUAAUCCCACCCCCAGGGACAUGCUCUCAGAGUUUUUACCCAUAGUGUUACAGACAAGGAAGCCUCUAGAGAGUGGGGUGCUGGUGUUUCAGAACCGGUUCUAAAAGAAAAACAAAACAAGAAAGUGGAUGGGUGCAUGGUUUGUGGCAAUUCCCAAUUUCCAAGGUGUAAUUACUCCUACCGCCAUUGAUUUUGAGCUCCCACUGAUUUAACAACUGGCUCACAGAAUUCUUAAAAAUUUAACAAUUGGCUUUCAAGAGCUGACACGGGUCAGUCUGAGCACUCCCUCCAGUCAGUUGGCUGAUUUCACAACUUCAUAUACAGGAUGCCCAGUUCACUGAACUUCAGAUAAACAAGAAUAAGUAUGUUCUCAAAAUAGCACAAGACAUACUUAUCCUAAAGAAGUAUUUAUUACUUAUUUGAAAUUCCAGUUUCACUGGGUGCAUUUUUAUCUGGCAACCUUGCUCCAGACCUGGUCAUGCAGCCCGGAGGCAGAUGAGGCACAGGCCAGGAGUCAGGACUGGUGCUAAGACAUAAGGUGCCUCUGUGCAAAUCAGGAAAUGCUUACAGAUGGACAAACUGCAGGAAGGUGCCCUCUGGGCUGAUUAAUUGAGAAAAGGUGUCCUCUCUCCCUCUGGAAGGACUAUGAGGACAAGCUGCCCUUUUGGGGUAGACCAAAUAGAGAAAGGUGCCCUUUCCUUAAGGAUGACUUGGUUCCAUUCCUUACCCCCCCAAAUCUGCACCUUUGUGCACACCCUGCAGAGCUGGAAGUAGCAGCCCUGGUAAGAGUCAGGGGACCUCAAAUCUAGUCUCAGCCCUGCUACUAAAUGACUGGGUGAUCUUGGGUGAGUCUUUUCCCUUCUUUGGGUCUCGUACUUCCUUUCUGUGAGGUAGGGGAAAUGGGACCUAAUCUAACAACCUAUAAGAAAUUUUCAGGAGCAGAAAAUCAUUGAUAUAAAAUAUUUUGAAAAGUAAAAGAUUUUGCACAAGUUGAGUAUUGAUUUUAUUUCCCUAAAGGGGAGCUGAAAAAGCUCUUGAAAGUUACUGAGUUCAGUCCCUUUGCUGUUUAGUCAGAGAAGCUGCGGUCCCUGAGGAGACUGUGAGAGAUUUGCCAGAGACACACAGUAAACUGGUGUCAGAGCUGGAGUGAGAACCAUGUUGCCUGACCUGUGUCCCCUCCUGUGUACCUGCCUUUCUACUAGGCAUCCCCACAGGCUUGGGAGGACCCAACAAUCCCUCUUCCCUUGGGGUUCUCUUAGCAAAGACUUGGCCAGUAAUAGCAAUCCUGUCAGUACGCUUCAUUUCUUGGGUCACACUUUACUACAGGGAACAUAGAGCUCUCAACUCUUCCCCAAAUGGGUCUAUGUGACUAGACUCCUCUUUGGACUUGUCUGGAGAGGCACCUAAUGGGAAUAGUUUGUAGAAAUGCUCACGGUGGAAUGUCAGCUGGAAGAGGGAGGUGGGUGAACCAGCAAACACAGAGACCCCGAGAAUGUGUGCCUGGGAACAGGGACCAAAAUGAGGUCUAGUAGAGGAAAUGGACCUUAGGGAUGAGGGUGUAUUGAGCAUUUGAAGUUUCUGAGGGAUAUGGUUUCUAUAAAACAAAGAUAAUGUGUGUGAGGGAGGGAGAGGUUGAGGAGGGAGAGGUUGCUGAGGGAAAAAAGCUACAAAUGUGUCCUUCCUGAAGUGUCAGGGCCUCUACAGAGGACUCGCUCCUGGGGCGGCUCAGCUGAAGAGCUCUAGCUGUUUGGGAAGAGGUUGGGCAAGGUGAGGGCAAUUGGGGGGACUUGUGAGGCUGCCUUGCUUGUUAGACUGGGACAAGCAGGGCUGAGUGACAUGCUGUGUACCCGCCAUAUAGCUGCCUGAAAAUAACAUGUAUUCACUAUGUGCUUAAUAAAACAUUUCG